AUCGUGGCAUUGUCCCUGCCCAAACUCUAAGAUAAAAAGCUCGCAAUCAUACCUUCCAAAAAGCCCUCCGUCUCUUCCUCCUUCCUUUCCAAACACACACAGAAAGAGAGAGAGAGAGAGAGUGAGAGAAAAUCUUUCUUCUUCUUCGUCUUCAUCGUCACGAACACUAACUUCGGCUCGCGAGACAUGAGAGUUCCAUCAUCGACACCUCAGGACAACCAACCUUCGGAUUCAAAGGCAGUUUCUUACAACGACACCACCACCACCACGAAUCUUAUCAACAACAAUAACAGUUCAGUAGCUACUGUUACCGCAGGGGGUGGUCUCGGUUUCAACGAGCCAACCUCGGUGCUCGACCUCCGUGGAAGCCCCAGCCCCGCCGCCGCCGCCGCGGAUAAGCCUCCGGUUGCCGUUGCGGGGGAGGUAUCCGGCGGAGGAGGGACCACCGGUCAAGUAUCCGAGCAGUUUCCGUUGGAUGAGCAUGUGAUGCGUUCCAUGGAUUGGGAUUCUAUCAUGAGGGAACUGGAAUUGGAUGACGAUUCUGCCCCUGCUCUCAAGAGCAGUUUCACCACUGCCGCCAUUCCGACACACUACGGCGCCGAUUCUCAGCUUCCUAGUUUUCCCGACCAGCUCCACCCAGCGGAUUUCGAGUCGUCCGAGGUUUACUUGGGUCAUCAGAUCGGUGGCGGGCACGGGUUGAAUUCUGUGGAUGUCUCCGAUGGAUUCGUCAAUGGCGGAUUCGAUUUCAUCGAGGAUCUGAUCCGAGUCGUGGACUGCGUCGACUCGGACGAGUUACAACUCGCUCAGGUGGUACUGGCACGGCUCAAUCAACGGCUGAGAUCUCCGUCGGGGAGACCUCUGAAGAGAGCUGCGUUUUACUUCAAGGAAGCUCUCGCGACGGUUCUGUCCGGGUCAACCCGGAACCCGACCCGGUUAUCGUCGUGGUCAGAUAUCGUCCACAGGAUUCGGGCCUACAAGGAGUUCUCCGGCAUCUCGCCGGUUCCUCUGUUUUCUCAUUUCACCGUGAACCAAGCGAUCCUCGACUCGCUGAACUGGCAGUCCUCAUCUUUGUCGGUGGCGGCCGCAUCGACGGCGGUGCCGUUCGUCCAUGUGGUGGACUUCGAGAUCGGAUUCGGCGGUCAGUACGCGUCGCUCAUGAGAGAGAUCGCCGAGAAAUCAUCCGUUAGCGGUGGAUUUCUGAGAGUCACGGCGGUGGUGCCGGAAAAUUACGCCGUCGAGACAAGGCUCGUCAAGGAAAAUCUCUCUCUGUUCGCAGCGGAUCUGAAAAUCCGGUUCCAGAUCGAGUUCGUCCUCGUGAGAACCUUCGAGAUGCUUUCGUUCAAGGCGAUCAGAUUCGUGGAGGGAGAGAGGACCGUCGUUCUGCUCUCCCCGACAAUUUUCCGCCAUCUGUCCGGAAUCUCAGGCUUUAUUCACGAUCUCCGGCGAGUUUCUCCGAAGGUCGUCGUCUUCGUUGACGGAGAGGGAUGGACCGAGACUUCCGGAGCCGGAUCUUUCCGGCGAGAGUUCGUGGGCGGACUCGAGUUCUACACGAUGGUACUGGAGUCGCUCGACGCUGCGGUUCCACCGGGAGAGAGCGCCAAGAAGAUCAUAGAAGCGUUCAUCCUGCAGCCGAGGAUCACGGAGGCAGUGGAGGCGGCGGCGGCGAGGAGACAUGCCGGAGAGAUGACGUGGCGGGAAGCGUUAUGCGCGGCGGGGAUGAGGCCGAUGCCGCUGAGCCAGUUCGCCGACUUCCAAGCCGAGUGUCUACUGGAGAAGGCACACGUGGGAGGGUUCCACGUGGCAAAACGACAGGCCGAGUUGGUGCUUUGCUGGCACGGGAGGGCCCUUGUUGCCACGUCGGCUUGGCGGUUUUAACUAACCGGAAGUCUAGCUUUCUACUUAACCUUUAGGGGGUUGGUUAAAUUAACAGAACCGAAUUGUAUCUAUAAAACCCCCGCAACCUUUUCUUAAAGCUGUAAAAGUUUUUUUAGUUGGGACCUUUUGGGGGUGUU